CUUGCUGGCUGGCUCGGUGGCUGGGUGGCUGCGUGACUGGUCCAUGGGGGCACCGGGCUGGUGGCAGAGAACAUGGGACGAUUUGCGGAAGAAAGAAUUCAUAGUACUCAAACUGCUGUUCUUCAUUCUGUAUGGAGCGUCGUCGUGCAUGCUGCCGUUCCUGCCGACACACGCGCGGGUGCUGGGCAUCACGGAGACAGAGCUGGGCGUCAUGUACGCCGCCAGUGCUUUCAUCACGCUGGCGGGGCCUCCACUCACCGGCAUGCUGGCUGACAGGCUCGGCAACUUUAAGGUGUUCCUAAGUGUGACCAUGGCAGUGAGUGGCGGCGUGGCUCUGCUGUACUGCGUGGUGCCCGUGGGCCGCCACAUCCACGCCCUGCCCGACAACGUGUCCCUCAGCCUCACCAAGCACACUGACGCCCACCUCACCGCCGCCCUCCCCCCGCCACUCUACUGUAACUUCCUACCUCACCUCGAUACCAUCCACAUCACCCUGGUGAACUGCACCGUGUGUGACGUCACGCCCGUUGGUGCGGGCGGCUGUGUGCCGGGCGGUCAGAAGUGUGCAGAGCAGCAGGUGGUGACUCCCAGCCACGGCCAGACGCCGCUACAGGUCAACAUCAUCACUGCGACAAGCAACGCGUCCUUCCUUCACGCACAGGACGCGGCUGUCAGCCUACAGCAGGGGGAGGUGAGCGGGUGUGGCGUGUGGUGCCUGGUGUUUGCGGCGAGGGAGGACCUGUGUGCCAACAGCCAGGUGGUGGAGGCGGUGGCACCCCUCACCACCUUCUGGUACUACCUGGUGGUGCAGGUGCUUAAUGGACUGGCCCUGGCCGCAAGCUUCACACUCUUCGAUGGCGCCACGAUGGUCAUCCUGCGGCGGAGUGGCGGUGACUACGGCCUGCAGCGCCUGUACGGUAACCUGGGCAUCGUGGUGCUCACCCCGCUCUCUGGCACGCUCAUACAAUGGUACUCCGGCUCACAGCUCAUACAGGACUACAGACCGUCCUUCAUCCUGUACUGUUCGCUGAAGUUGGUCUGCGGGGUCAUCAUUCUCUUCCUGGACAUGGAGUUCCGCAAGCCUUCAGAGAGGGUGACGCGUGACUUCAAGACCUUGCUGAGGAACCCUGAAGUUGUCACCUUUCUUCUCAUCAUGUUCGUGUCAGGGCUGAUCAUGAGUGUGGUGGAGACUUUCAUCUUCUGGCUACUGGAGGACAUAGGAGCCAGCAGCUUCCUUAUGAGCAUCACAGUAGCAGUGGGCAGCUUGGCGGGAAUUCCUGUGCUCAUUGCUUCAAACUUCUUCUUCACCAGACUAGGCUACGUUAACACUAUCGUCCUUGGUUUUGCUUUCUUUGUGGUGCGCCUGGUUGGUUACUCCUUCAUCACUAACCCUUGGUGGAGCAUCCCUUUCGAGGCAUUAGAGUGUUUCACAGUGUCCCUUAAAACCGCCGCUGCUGUCUCUUAUGCUACCGAACUGGCCACAUCGUCCACGCUGGCCACGCUUCAGGGUUUGCAUGGUGGCCUUUACCACGGUGUAGGCCGCGGGUUGGGCAGUCUGGUGGGCGGCUACAUGAUCGGUCCCCUGGGCAUCGUCAACACCUUCAGGAUCAUGGGGGCUGUCAGCGGUGUUGUGGGUGUCGCUUACUUCACCCUCAAUAAAGUAUUCUUCAAAAAACUGCAACAGGAGAGGAAAUUACAGGCGGAAAAUGAGAAAAAUGCAGCCCAGGGUUCUAAAUAUGGAGGCACGGGGGAGCAGGGAGGCGUCAUCACCACACACUACAGAAAGCGGGACUCCAAUGAGAAUCUCCCGCCACACGCAAUGACAGACAACAUCGGCGCAACACACGUCAACUCCACUUUUGAGAGAGAAUUCUAGUUAACAUUAUGACUACUAUGGCUCUCUCCAGUCUUCACAAACUAUUAACUAUUCCUCAGGUUUAAGCCAUAACUAGCAGCGUUCAAGUGCAUAUUAGACUAGUACAAGAUUCCACAAUGAUAGUUAAUGGUGAAGCCUUGUUCUCGCUCACCAUAUGCAUCUCUCUCUCUCUCUCUCUCUCUCUCUCUCUCUCUCUCUCUCUCUCUCUCUCUCCUUGCAUAUAUUUGUUCCAUAUUUAGGGGAAGCCGGCAUGCUCCGACCUCCUUCUUUGUCGUCUACUUUUACAAUAUAACCAUUCAUCUCUCUCUCUCUCUCUCUCUCUCUCUCUCUCUUGAGGAAGGAAAAUGUAGCCUCGAAAGUAUAAGGUAUAUAUAUAUUUUUCUGGAUUUUGUCAAGCACAUUACCCGUACAGUGGCAAUAUGUGAAAUAGAUAUUAACAACAAUA